AUGCCGAGGAAUAGCUACAACCGUUUCGAAACACCCACAUUCCACCCGUUUCCGAGCGGUCUGUCCUUUCCUUCAAACGACAUCCCCCCUCCCCCACCGGCACACACAAUCUCAUCUCGUCCCCAACCUCCACCAUUCGGAGUCGCGCCGCUAGACCCCCAUCCCAAUCCCCAUCCAAAACCAGCAAGAGUCGCAAUCCCCCGAAAAACAGGCGGCGACAGCGGGACAUACCGCCGACACCGCUCCGCGCGCGCAUGCGAACCCUGCCGCAACCGGAAGAUCAAAUGCGACGGCAACAAGCCCAUGUGUCGGCAGUGCGUGGAGCAGAAGAUCACAUGUACGUUUCUGGACGUAAAGCGGGUAAGGGAGCAGAAGCAGUUAGGGACAUUGGGGAUGAAGGUUGAGAAGUAUGAGGAGUUGUUGAGGGAUUUGGAGCCGGAUGUGGAUAUUAUGGCUGCGAAGAGGAUUCGGAGGGCUUUGAAGGUAUGUCUGCCCCUGCCCCUGUAUGAGGGGUCGGACACGGCAAGUGAGACUUCGUCGUUGGGGUCGCUUGAUGCAAUUGAUCUUGUUGAGGAGGAUUUGAACCGCAAUGAGAAGACUAGGGCGACGGGAUACUUUGGGAAGAACUCCGAGGUAGCGUGGAUGCAGAAACUCGAGAACGAGGCGAAAUAUCGCAGUCGCCGUGGGAUCCAGGAUAGUGAUCCGGCGUCUCAGUGUUCAGAGGGACGACCUGAUGUACCGAUUUCAUUGAUGAGUUACUACCUAGACGACCUCGACAUCCCCAUGUUCCACGAAGUCGAUCCCUCCGCCGUGCCCUCGAAACAACUCGCUGAUAAAUACUUUUCGGCAUACAUGCUCGUCUUCCAUCCGUCGUUCAACGUCGUCCGACGCAAGACAUUCACCUCGCAGUACGCGCGCUUCAUCCGUGAACCGAACAACGUUCGACCGCCGCGGAAAUGGCUCGCUGUGCUUAACAUGAUAUUCGCCAUCGGAUGUCACUAUUGUCGGUUGACGGGUGAUGAUGUCGGUGGCGAUAGGGAUAGUCUGAUAUUUCUGGCUCGAGCGCGGAAGUUGAGUUUAACAGAGGACAUGCUCUUCGAGCAUUCAGACUUGCAGCAGGUGCAGGUGGAGUUUCUAGUUGCGUUUUACAUGCUGGCACGAGGCCAGGUAAACCGCGCCUCCAAGUUCGCAAACAUGGCCUUCCGCUCCGCCUUAUCUCUCGGUAUCAACCUCCGCUUCGUAGACGACCGGACCGACCACGGCGCCAAAGAAGCACGCAGUCGUCUCUGGUGGUCAAUAUAUAUCCUCGAACACUCCAUCGCCGGACUUACAGGACGAGUCUCCUGCGCAAGUGAAGGUCUCAGCUCGGUGCCACUACCGGUACCAUACGAAGAAGAAUACUUCGACAGGCCGGACGUGCUCAAAUUAUUCCAGGAAAUCCCGCUGCGCCAGAAAUACCUCAAGCCGACGCUCUUCCAAUCGGACGAGGAGUCCCGUGCGCAUGGCGAAUGGCUCGAGAAAUGCGGCCCCAGCCCGUCCUCGUUCUUCUUUUGCUCUGUUGAUCUGGUUUUUAUCACACAAGCUAUCAUCAACAAAGUCUACAGCAUAGAAGGCAUCCGUGAACGAUCCGGGCAAAUCGAGCAGCGUAUUCGGAAGUACGGUAUUAAACUGGAUAACUGGCUUUUUAAAGUCCCGUCUAUGUAUCAGUUCACGACAACUGGUGGACGAGAAGCGCUGAAUGGGGAUAUCAAUUUGAGUUUUGCGAGAGAGAAGUUCAGUCUCGCAAUGCACUUCUACAGCUCCAAGAUAACCCUAUGCCGACCCUGUCUCACGCACGCAAACGCCAGAAACAUCACCCCAUCCACGGAUAUCGGCCCUAGCCAAACCGCCAACGGCGACGACAACGACACCACCAACCCUAAAGAUACAGAUAUCGACAGCGACGGCGACACCUCUGACGCAACCAACCCACGCCGCGCGCGCUUCCGCACAGAAAUGGCCCUCUCCUGCCUCCGUGCCUCCUGCGCCCUCCUCUCCCUCCUCCCCAACGAACCAGACAUCCUCUCUCUAAACCAUCUCGCGCCAUGGUGGCAUCAUUUACAUUAUAUCAUGCAAGCUACCACAGCACUGUUGUUGGGGCUGGGUAGUUGGCCGACGAGCCCACCUGCGGAGGAGAAAUAUAGUACGUCCGUGCAAGCGCCUAUUUUCGGGACCUCUAAGGCGUUAAGGUGGUUAUACCACAUGUCCGUCCACGGAGACCCCGCUGCGCGCCGCGCGUUUAUAUUAUCAGAUAGUUUUAUGCGGCGCAUAGCACCGAACCUAGGUAUCGACGUGAGCGACCUCCCCGAAGUCGAGACGUUGCCUGUCACCGGGUCGCUGACGGAGGGGAUGCCUGUUCCGGCUAGUGGAGUCGGGAGUGGUGUUGAGGGGGUGUCCGGGGAUAGUGAGGAGGCGGGAGAGAGAGAGAGGGAGAUUGAGGUUGAGGGGAGGGGGAUGGAGGGGGCGGCUGCGAAAGGGGAGGUUAAUCAGGAGUGGGAUGGGGUUGGGGGGAGGAUUGCGGGGGUUUAUGGGUUAUGA